AUGUCGACCAGGCCCAAGCUUCUCGUUGUCUUGACAUCUCAGGAUAUCAUGCCAACCCGGGAGAAUUUCAGGACCGGAUGGUAUCUUCCUGAGUUUGUUCACCCAUACAACGCUCUCGCCCUCCAUGUGGACCUCGUCGUCGCUUCUCCCAAGGGUGGUGUUGCUCCCAUCGACCCCUACUCCAUUGAAGACAGCAAAAAUGACGGAGAGUGUCAGAGAUUUCUGAAAGAACAGAAGGAUCUUUGGGAAAAAACGGAGACCCUUUCGUCGUUUUUCGGAAGGUCUUCUGAGUUUGCGGGAGUAUUCUACGUUGGCGGGCAUGGACAUCCAGCCAUGUUUGAUCUCGCCGUCGACCAGGUCUCACAUUCCAUCAUCCGAGAGUUCUACGAAGCAGGCAAGAUUGUCUCGGCUGUUUGCCAUGGCCCCGGCGCCCUCGUCAAUGUCAAGCUCACAAACGGGGAGUACUUGAUCAAUGACAACGAAGUCACAGGAUUUUCGAAUGCGGAAGAAGACGCAUACAGCUUUACGGAUGCAAUGCCAUUCCUGUUGGAAACAGAACUCAAAAACCACGGCGGGAGAAUCCACCUAGCGCAGGAGUAA